CUCAUCAAGGGGAUUCAUCUCAUGUAACCUUCAAACACAGAGCACAGAAUGGUUUUGGUAAAUAAUCUGAAAAAACCCCCCAAUAAAAGUAGUUUAUCAGCAAAAUUACUGUGAGGUUUGUUUUUUGCUGAGAAAGUGGAUUUGUUUCAUCACCUGCCAAAGUUUUAUGCAAAUAGUCCAACCCGAAGCACAAGUAUUUCUGAUUGGUAGUGUUUGCCUUGGAAGCUCCUUGUUUCAUUAGGUGCUGGUGCUGAGCUGAUUGAUUAGAAUUGGUGGGAGAUGUUAAGUGAUGGUCUGAUGUUGAAAUGUUCCUUUUGCACCUGUAAGAUCAUUCAGGAUCAAUUGAAGGCUGGCAAAAAGGCCAGGAAAGCAAACAGGGCUGCCUGUUUUAGGUGGAGGAAAGCCCCAAAGAGCAGGGGGGGUUCUGAGGGAGGAGGGUAUGGACACAUCUGGGCACAUUUCCAUGGGUGCUUGUUUUGGGGAGCACUGAGCCAGCCAGGAGGAGUUAAGGAGGGAAUGCAAACAGGGGAAUCAGGGAUGUUCACUCAGCCUGAGUGCUUCCCUGAAGGGGAAGAAGCUUUCCUGGCACUGCAGCAGGGCAGAGAGGAGCAAACAACUCCUGUUGUACCCACCUGGAACCGUGACAGGGAUGUUUUCAUCUUUGGAAGUGAACAAGCUCCUAUGGCUGGGUAAAAUCUGCCUGAUUCUGUUGGUGAUACAUUCUCCCCUUAAUUAAAUAGCUGACUUACCAUGACAAUUAAUGGGAGUGAUGUAUGAUUUUUAUUAGAAACCCAUGAGUAAUUUUUUCUUGCUGUUCCUGCUAUCUUAUUGUUCUUUUCUUCCCCUCCUGCCGAGUUCUGCUGUGUGCCAGCUGUGUCCUCCAGGCACUGGUGCAGACCAGUGUUCUCUCUUGCUUGGGCUUUUACCUGUUCCAGAUAAAGUCAUUGUUUUCAGAGCUGCUGUGUGACAAUCUCCCCCUGGUGCUGGCUGCCAUGGCUGACCCCAUCACUGAGGAACACGUGUCCCAGGUCCCUGAGCUGUGCUGUGAGUGUGGCCAGCCCCACCCCUUGCUGGACAAUCACCUGUACAACUUCCAGGACGAGGUGGACGAUGAGCUCAUCUGCCACAUCUGCCUGCAGCCCCUGCUGCAGCCCAUGGACACGCCCUGUGGGCACACCUACUGCUUCAAGUGCCUGGAGAACUUCAUGCAGGAGUACAGCUUCUGUCCCAUGGACCGUAAGAAGCUCUCCUUCCAGCAGUGCCACAAGUCCAGCCUGCUGGUCAGGAACCUGCUGGAUAAGCUGGUUGUGCUGUGUCCUUUCAAGGCUGAGUGCCAGCAGACCAUGCAGCGCUGUGAGCUGGAAGCUCACCUGCACAACAGGUGUCCUGGGUUUAAGAAAUACAAAUCUGAGCUCCAGAGGAAAAAGAAUCCCAUUUCUAAAGGGAAGGAAGAUCCCCCUGCCAAGGGGGAGGCCAACACGCCCAAGGAUCCAGAGGUCCCAGGUGGAGGCUCCUCACUGGUGGCAGAAAGCUCUGGAGCUGCUGUGGUGUCACUGGGGACUGCAGAGCCUGGACUGGUUAAUCCAGCUUUUGAGGAGACUGAAGAAGACCUUCCUCAGAGAACCAGUCUUGUGGCUGAAACUACCACAAUUGAAAUCCACCGGGAGGAUCCGGAGGAAGAGCUGGGGAUGAGGAUAGUCGGGGGUAAGGACACCCCCCUGGGCAACAUCGUUGUUCAGGAAGUGCUGAGGGACUCUGUGAUUGCUGCUGAUGGAAGAAUUGCUCCUGGAGACCACAUCCUCGAGGUGAAUGGCGUCAACAUCAGCAGCGUGACUCACUGCCAGGCUGUCUCCUUCCUGCGGCAGCCAGGCCCUGUGCUGCACCUCCUGCUGCUGCAGGAGAAGGGCUUUUCCAGCAAGGCUGCACAGCAGGAGUGCAGCUCCACAGGCAGGGAAGUGAUCCACGUCACCCUGGUCAAGAGAGAGCGCUCGGAGCCCUUGGGAAUCAAGCUGAUCAGGAAGACUGACGAGGCAGGGAUUUUUAUCCUGGAUCUCUUAGAGGGAGGCUUGGCAGCCAAGAAUGGGAAGCUGAGUCGGAAUGACAGGGUUCUGUCAAUAAAUGGCCAGGAUUUGAGGCAAGGAACUCCUGAGGCUGCUGCCCAGAUAAUCCAGACCACGGAAUCCAGAGUGAACUUUGUGAUCCUGAGGCAGCCUGGGGUGCAGCUGGGGGAGCCAGUGGAGGAUGGCAGCACCUCCAACAGCAGCAGCAGCAGCAGCAGCAAUGGGGGGAGCCCAGUGCAUCACAGGAGGAGACCAGACCAGAACCACUACAGAAGAAAAUCCAACUACCAGAAGGAUUUGCCUCAGGGAUAUGUAACUCAUGAGAAGACAGUUGCAAUAAAAAAGGAACCAAAGGAAUCUUUGGGAAUCACAAUUGGAGGUGGAAGGGAUAACAAAAACAAGCUCCCUAUCUAUGUGACAAGUGUGCAGCCCAUUGGAUGCCUCUUCAGGGAUGGCAGAAUCAAGAGAGGGGAUGUACUUCUGAGCAUCAAUGGCAUUGAUUUGACUCAUCUGAACUACUAUGAAGCUGUCUCAGCACUGAAAUCCAAUGCAGCUUCCCACUCAGUCACACUGAAAGCCUUGGAAAUCCUCUCCCUGAACUCCCCAGAGCCAUCCCUGGACAUCAGGGAGCAGGGAUUCAGCUGGUCUCCCCUCUGGAUCACGUGGCUUGGAUUGCCCAGCUACCUUCACUUCUGUCAAGAUAUUGUCCUUAGUAAAGGAAACCUGGAAAGUUGGGGCUUCAGCAUCGUGGGAGGCUUUGAGGAAAGCAAAGGAAACCAACCCUUCUUCAUCAAAACCAUCGUGCCCGGGACUCCGGCAUUCCGGGACAGGAAACUCAAGUGUGGAGAUGAAAUCGUGGCAGUGAACGGAGUGCCAGCAAUAGGAAUGAGCAACUCAGAGUUAAUCCCAAUGCUGAAGGAGCAGAGGAACAGAGUCACCCUGACUGUGGUGUCCUGGCCAGGCAGCCUGGUGUGACAGCUCCAGCAAAGCCCAACACCUCCAGGUACCCACCAGCAGCUGGGCACAGCUAGGCCACACUGCCAGGAAACAGGGACUGCUCCACUCCUGCUCCUGCUGCACUGCCAUGGAAGAAUCCUUGCUUCCUUUUGAUGGAAAACAUUUUACCAACAAAUCUGGAUGUUGAAUUCAAAGUAAGGGUUAAUCCAACAGCUGUUGGAGCUUCCCAGGCUUCUUAAAGCUCCUGAGGAUUGGUGGUGCACAGAAAGCUCAUCCCAGUGUUUCUCCACAAGCUGCCCUGGAGGCUGCUGAGGCUUGCCUUGAUUCGAGGGCUCUGCUUUCCACUGAGUAUUUGAAUGGGUUAAAACAGAGGCUGUGAGAAGCAGCUACCAAAUCUGUAAUGAUGGGGACCCAAUUUAGGCACUUCUACCUAUCAGGAUUUCCCAGUGCUCAUUUUUAGGUGUCAGUAACCCCAGGAAUGUGUUCAUCCAUUAAAACCCCACAGUAACUCUCAGCUGUCACCUGUAUGAGGAUCCUGUCACAAACCCCAGUUUAGGAUCCUGCCAACUCCACUGAGUUACUGCAAAGGGACAAUUUCAACAGCUUGAAGAACCACUCAAAGGUAUCACAAGAGGGGUUUCACUGAAAUAUGAUGUUGCAAAAUAUGACUUUACCAAAGGUCAAGGGCAAGGUUCACUUAGUGCACACAAGUUUCCCUGGUUUUAGGAUUGAUAAAAGCAGCUUUUUGCCCAGAAGGUGAGGAAGGGAAUGGGCUGGGAUCAGACAACCCUGGCCCAGCCUGAUGCCUGUCUUAUUUUUCUGUUUCCAGUGAUGAGGGGCAGAGUUCAGCAGGGGCAGAGCACCUGUACUGUCAGGCAGGUGAGAGUUCUCCUGCAGUUCUGUUCAUGUCCCUCUUGCAGCUGGAGCAAAAUCUCAACUCAUGGGAUCAGGGGAAGCUCAAAGGAUCCUUGGCUGCAGGAAACUGCGCCCAGCCUGGCUUCAGUUCAAACCCACUGUGCAGUUAAAGUGCAGAAUUCAAGAACUGAAGCCCAGGCAGGGUGGUUUGACCUCUGACACUGUGAAAGUUCCUACCUGCAAACUCCACCUGAAGCAAUUCCCUUUUUUAGCAGCUUCAUGAGCGGUAGCAGUGAUGGGAUUUUCUCAAACCAGGUCGCACUGAGAGAUCUUUUCCUCCUGUGCUGCCUCUACUGCACCUUUUGCAGAAUCCAAGGAGUCUGUCCCUGUCCCAAAGCUGCCUUGAAUGAAUGUUUAAUUCUCUGUAGCAGCCCUGGCUGAGGCUUCUCCUGAGCUGGCAGUUUGGCAUUUGCUGUGCCUUGUUUACACACAGUGACUUCACCCCCUGCCCUGGGAGCUGCAGCAGGGCCUGUCCCAGAGCCCAGGACACAACAGGAACCUCAGAUCCAGGCUGAGAACACAUCUGGGGACUCUGACAGCACAGCUGGGGCUACCUGGGCUGCCUUCCUGGUAUUCUACUGAAUGCUGAGAGCAAAAUCAUCCACUAAGGGAAAACUCAUCACUGACCUCGCUGGGACACAAAAACGUGAAGCAAUUUUUUAUCUCUUUCCAAUCAAUGUGCAGAAUCUGUGCCUGAACAGUAAAUAUUGAUGUGGACAGAGGGUGAUUCCCACUGCCUGCCCCAGAGGUGGGGAAAGGGCAGGAGGGAAGAGCUGCAGCUGCUGGGCUGGCAGUGGAGGGAGGAGGAGGAGGCUGCAGAACCAUUUUUACUCCAUCUCCUUUCAAGGUGCCUUCAACUUCACCAAAAUGUCCUCUUAAUUUAAAUUUUGUUUCCAAAAUCAGCUUGUUCAUAGAUUUUGAAUUUGUUUUGAUGCCUUUAUAAAUUAUUGUAAUAUUGCUGAAAAAUAUGCAUUAGAAACGUGGUCUUUAAUCCUUUCUUUCCCUGUAGCAGGAAACAGUGUAAUUGUCUUUGCUUCUCCCAGGAAAGGAAACACACUGUGGCUGGGAAAAAUCCCUCAACAGCAGUAAACCUGCAGCAGCUUCCUGAUGCAAACACAGAUUAUUUCUAACACCCCACCUUUCCCUGAUAGUAAAGGCAAACAGUUUAUCUCUGUUUAAUGAAAAGAAACCAAAACUAUUUACUUUAAAUUCCCAGCUGCUCCUGGCCCCACAAACCUGCCCCCAUUAGUGAAGGUCCCCUGCACCUCAGCACAUUGUCACUGAAGUAACACAGGAGGAGGUGCAGCUCUGACUGAAUCCAUGCUCAAACCCCAAACCGUGAGCACAGUUUCUGUCUGCACCUCUCUACCUGCUGCUCAGUCCCCAGGAGUGGGCAGGGUGUACCCCAAACUGAGACACGCCCCACACUCCCCUCCACACCCCGGCUCUGUGCACACACAUUCCCCAGGAGCUCAAGCACAUUAAAAACCUCCAUGGAAACCAAAACCCAGCAGCUCCAAACCCAUCACUGCACU